CGGCUACGAAUUAGCCUAAGUUAUUAAAGAUGGCGGCCGAGCGGAGUCGCUUCCCGAUGGACUCGCCGGUCCCUGCCUCUAUGUUCGCCCCCGAGCCCAGCUCUCCGGGGGCGGCCAGGGCCGCGGCGGCUGCCGCCCGGCUCCACGGCGGCUUCGACUCGGACUGCAGCGAGGACGGCGAGGCGCUCAACGGCGAACCGGAGCUGGACCUCACCAGCAAGCUGGUUCUAGUGAGCCCUACAUCAGAGCAGUAUGACAGCCUACUUCGGCAAAUGUGGGAGAGGAUGGACGAGGGAUGCGGAGAGACCAUAUAUGUCAUUGGGCAGGGAUCAGAUGGGACUGAGUACGGGCUGAGUGAAGCUGACAUGGAGGCCUCCUACGCCACAGUGAAGAGCAUGGCAGAACAAAUAGAGGCUGAUGUCAUCCUCCUCCGGGAACGCCAAGAAGCUGGGGGCCGUGUGCGCGAUUACCUGGUCCGGAAACGAGUAGGAGACAAUGACUUCCUGGAAGUCAGGGUAGCGGUAGUGGGCAAUGUGGAUGCCGGCAAAAGCACGCUUCUGGGGGUCCUGACCCACGGGGAGCUGGACAAUGGCCGAGGCUUCGCCCGCCAGAAACUCUUCCGCCACAAACAUGAGAUUGAAUCUGGUCGCACCAGCAGUGUGGGCAACGACAUUCUGGGCUUUGACAGUGAAGGCAAUGUGGUAAACAAGCCAGACAGCCAUGGUGGCAGCCUGGAGUGGACAAAGAUCUGUGAGAAAUCCACUAAGGUGAUUACUUUCAUCGACUUGGCUGGCCAUGAGAAGUACCUGAAGACCACUGUCUUUGGCAUGACCGGCCAUUUGCCUGACUUCUGCAUGCUCAUGGUGGGCAGCAAUGCUGGCAUCGUGGGGAUGACAAAGGAGCACCUGGGCUUGGCAUUGGCACUCAAUGUGCCUGUCUUUGUGGUGGUCACCAAGAUUGACAUGUGUCCUGCCAACAUCCUGCAAGAAACCCUGAAGCUGUUACAGCGCCUGCUGAAGUCGCCCGGCUGCCGCAAGAUCCCCGUGUUGGUGCAGAGCAAGGAUGAUGUGAUCGUUACAGCCUCCAACUUCAGCUCUGAGAGGAUGUGCCCGAUAUUCCAGAUCUCCAACGUUACAGGCGAGAACCUAGAUCUGCUGAAGAUGUUCCUCAACCUGCUGUCGCCUCGCACCAGUUACCGGGAGGAGGAGCCGGCUGAGUUUCAGAUUGACGACACCUACUCUGUCCCGGGUGUGGGAACAGUGGUGUCGGGGACAACGCUGAGGGGCCUGAUCAAGCUGAAUGACACGCUGCUGCUGGGCCCAGAUCCUUUGGGUAACUUCCUGUCUAUUGCUGUCAAAUCGAUCCAUCGCAAGCGCAUGCCUGUCAAGGAGGUGCGGGGGGGCCAGACGGCCUCCUUCGCACUGAAGAAGAUCAAGCGCUCGUCCAUCCGGAAGGGCAUGGUGAUGGUUUCUCCACGCUUGAAUCCCCAAGCAUCCUGGGAGUUCGAGGCCGAGAUCCUCGUCCUUCACCACCCCACCACAAUCAGCCCGCGGUACCAGGCCAUGGUGCACUGUGGGAGCAUCAGGCAGACGGCGACCAUCCUGAGCAUGGACAAGGACUGCCUGCGCACCGGGGACAAGGCCACCGUGCACUUCCGCUUCAUCAAGACCCCCGAGUACCUGCACAUAGACCAGCGGCUGGUGUUCCGGGAGGGCCGCACCAAGGCUGUAGGCACCAUCACUAAGCUCCUCCAGACCACCAACAAUUCCCCAAUGAACUCCAAGCCCCAGCAGAUUAAAAUGCAAUCGACGAAAAAGGGUCCCCUGCCCAAACGAGAAGAGGGGGGUCCCUCUGGAGGGCCGGCAGUAGGGGCACCCCCAACUGGAGAUGAAGCUUGCUCUCUAGCGGCUGCGCAGCCAGCUGCAUCCGGCGGUCUCCAGCCACAGCCCAAGCCCAGCAGCGGGGGCCGGCGACGGGGGGGCCAGCGUCACAAGGUGAAGUCCCAGGGGGCCUGCAUGCCUCCCGCCAGCGGCUGCUGAAUCUCCCCCAGCCCACCUCCACCACCCAAGGGAUCCUCGUUCUCUGGCCACCGCUCCACCAGAUGGGCCAGAGCAACUCUGACCACCGCUCGCCCUCCCCCAGGCCGCACCCGGAGCCUCGUCAUUCCCCCCGCCCCCGUUUUCCAGGGGGGGUUGUAAUUUAUAAGCUGAGGAAGGUGGCCAGACUUCUGGAGGACUGACCAUCUCCGACCCUCUUCCCCGCCUUCUUCCUCACUCACACCUUUUUUGUACAUCUGGGCCCUUAGUUUUUAUUCUUUUUAUUACCUGUCUAUCUAUCUAUCUAGUGUGCGUGUGGGUGUGUGUGGGCGUGUGAGGUGCAGGAGUACGGCCGCUCAGGGCCUGGCAGUCUUCCUCCUUUCUCCUCCGUGGCUGGCCACCAGCCUCCAGGAGCUGGCUGGCUGCCUGUCUGUCCGUCCGUUCGUGUGUCUCGGUGAGAACCUUUCAGGGCUGUCAGGAGCUGAAGCGCGCCCUCCUUCCCUGUGCUCGCUCUCCAGUGCGCCUGGAGCCCCGCCACGGAGCCGCCUCCGGGCUGAGGGGCGUCCAGGGCAAGUAUCUGCUGCUGCCAGAGCAGGGGGCCGUCCUUCUGCGACCUGGGGAUCUUAGCAGAGUGGAGAGCGGUGGUUCCCCUUUUCUCUUUCUCCCUCUUGUUUCCCUCAAACCCCAAACAGGUAAUGCCAAAAGCUCUUAGGCUGUAACUGUAGACGUGUGGAGGGUGUUGGUGACUGAGUCGUAGGACCCUCCUUUCCUCUCUGACCCUUGCCACUGACCUGAAGACAGCUGUGGCUCUUCUUUCCCCUUGGAGACAAUCCUUUGUUUGCCUGGCUGGCUGGGGUGACUCUUCUUCUGCGGAGUCUGCCGAGCUGGGGCUCUCACCUCGCCCUGGGGCCGCCUCCUGCUUGGACUUGGACUCUUGAUUCUUGUUGGGCCUCAGGGCCCUGAUGAUCGGGCCUGGGGUCCGCCUGCUCAGGGUCACGGUCAACAGCACCUCCUGUUGGCGGGGGUGCCAGGUGUUCCUCUGAGCCAGGCCGGGACUGAAACCCCUCCUUCCCCACCACGUCGCCCCGGCAUGGCUGCUACAGGAGCCCAGCAGUGAAGGGCCUGAGCCCCAGAUUUGGAAGCUCCAACUGGGGUACGGGGAGAGCAGGUAGGAGGUAGUAAAAAAGAUUCUUCCAGACCCAGCUCAGAGCAUUAAGCCCUUUGGAAGAAUCAUUGCCAGGGGUGGGGGUGCUGUUGCCCAGGCCAGAGAUGGCAGCACGGGCCCUGAACCAGCCUGCUCAGAGCUGUGGACUGAAGCCCUCGCUUUAGGGUGGACUGAUGGGCAGAGAUAUGUUCUUUCUCUAGCCUGGGACGCCCAACUGGCUGGGUCCCUCCUCAGCCUCGCCUCCCUUCCAUCCCCGACCCUUCGCCGCUGCUCCCCGCUCCUCCCCUCCUGUUUCUAGUUACCACUGACCUGUGGCCAUGGACCGACCAGACCAGCACACAAAAUAAAAGUUUGUUCCAAGUUGACGGUGUCCUGUUCCCUGCCCAGCCCCUCCAGGUGGAGGUGCGGCCCCGGGGAGCUCCGUUGCUCUGCCUGCCCUAGAGCCCCCGGCCGCGGGCCGGGCCCGGAGGGGCCCAGCUUCUCCUGUCAGGCAGGCAUGGCUGCAAAACCCAGACUCCUCCGCCAGCUGCGACGCAGGACAAGUUGCCAUCCUCUGAACCUCAGUUUCCUCAUCUACAGCAAGAGGUAAAUGCCUACGUCGGGUUGUCGCGAGGAUUCAGCGAGAGAAUGUGUGUGAGGCCCUGGUGUGCCCAGCACGUGGGCGGCACCCGGUGAAUAAUGGUCAUCACACUGCUUACCACCCACGCCGGCUCCCACGUCCAUAGCAGAGGCCGCAAGCUGGGCACCGGGCUCAAAAGGAGAAAGGUGGCGUGGACACGUCUCUGCUCUGUAGCUGGGACUGUGCCAGGCAUUUCCCUCGCUUCAUGUUCUUUGAUGUUCGCAGCUACCACCUAUGAGGGAGGUGGUGGUAGUUACGUUUUUCUGGUUAAGGACACUGGAGCUCAGGGGAGCAGUGCCCCCAGCCCCCAGUCACUCCGGUCACCCACUGCAGCGUGUCCUUCAGCCUGGCCCAGUUCCAUUGUCUGCUGGCUCUUUCCCUCUUGCGUUUUGACUCUGGUUCUGCUUACAGGGGCCGUUGCCCAGUGGUGCCUUUGUAAUAGGAGUUCCAGCGUUGAGCAGCACCCUGUGCUCUCCGUCCCCAUGGUGGGUGCUGUGGAAUUGGUGUUUCCACAGGACUUGGCCAUGGGGGACCUUGGAACAGGCAGAACCACAUUUUGUUGGAACUCUCCUGCCGCCGUGAGCAUAACCACUUCCUUUACAUUUUGAAGCUGUGGCCUCCACCCUGGCCUCUGCCUUCAAACACUCAGCUGUGAUGGGGCGCAUCCCUGGGCCAGGUGCCAUGGUCAGGAGGAGAGGCGUGUGUUGAGUCCAGCUGGGCAACCACCCCUGGCCCUUGGAGCUGCUCGUUGGAGGCACUGAAUCUGGGGAGAUAUUUGCAGGGAAGGGCCAGGACCUGCUCCCUGGAACUGGCAAGAUUCUGGCUCUUCAGGGGACCCACCUCGUGCCAUCCCAACAAGGUACAAGGGACAAGGGUUUAAUUCCCACGGAGGGGGACUGCGGCACUGACUGCGGACAAGCUCAGUAGUAAAGUGGGUAACUUCUACCCUCUGCUCCAGUGGCACUGAGAGACGCAGGACAAGCCUCCUGCUUCACGGUGGGACGUCAGUGAUGGCUAAUAAAGCCACUCACUUUCUCCCGCCAGCCCUUGAGCCCAGAGUCACAGGCACAGGGCCUGCCUCAGGUCCCAUCUCCCAUCACAGCUGAGUUUUAGCCAAGAAGCCUGAGUUUCUAAAGCUUAGGAGGAAGCCUUUGGGGCAUUGUUUUGGCUAAGAAUUCAUUUUCUUUUUCCCAAGAACAGGGUCCCGUGCAAUGGCCAGAUAAAAACCACACACUCCACUAAUCCUGGGCAUAAUUUAUUUUUUGCAUAGGCAUAAAUUAGAAUCUGGAGAUACAAAAUUAAGAACCAAUGGUGCAGCAUUUGUGACAGGGGAGCGCAAAACAAAACCUGGUUGUCUGGAGGCAGGGCCAGUGCCAGAGGACCGAUCACAGGAUGGCCGGGGCCUCGCCUUCGUCCCAGCUCCGUCCUCCCUUCAGGGCGCCCACCUGCACAGCAGCCCUUCCUGCCACCUCCCCACGGGCCGGAACGAACCACAGAGUUGGAACCAGUGCCCCAAGCGCUUCUUGGCAGCCAGGUUACAAGGACCUGAACUCACCCGAGGCCCCACAGAACGGGGCUAGGAAUCAAGCCCUUAGCUUUUCAGUUAAAAAACAGACCUUGAAAAAUACAUACAUAAUAGAGCAGGGCCUGCUGGGUCCAAAAGCUCCCACCUCGGGCCCCCCCCCCCUCCUAACCAACCCAGCCCCCCACCCCUGACUGUCCCCCAUAGAAAAUGAGUCAGAAUAGAAACAGAAUUGAGCAAGAGCUGAGAGAGCCCCCGGGAGUGGCUUAGGGUUAGGGGGCCUCUUACAUCAGCGGCCUGAUAGGGGUGGGGUAGGGCCAACAGUGCAGACAGACCUCCUCCCACCGUGGCACCCUGAGUGUCACUGUCAUUGUAUCGCUGGGCCACCACAAGAGCCCAGGGAGUCCCCUGAACACUUCUAGUUGACCCCAGAUGUUUAUGGCCUCGAAGGACAGGUCUGGGCACCCUGGGGGAAUGCAGCAAGCUUGUGCUGGGGCACAGGUAGGCCCUAGCAGGAGUGGGGAGCAGAGUGGGCCCCAGUCCCAGCAUCAGGGGAGAGAAAGCAACUACUGUCCCCAGCAGAGGGGACUCCUACAGGGCCACAGAAGCAGUAACCCUCAGGCUCCCAGGAGCCAGACCCUCCAGGGUACAAGAAGCCUCAUGGCCCACCCUGACCCAGGACAAAUACAGUGUAUAGAAGCCCUUCAGGAAUGCUGUGGGCCUAGGCUGACGGCACUAGCUUUCUGGAGGAGCCCAGCUGCCUUCUCCCAGGAGCUUCCUGCCUGGGGACCAGUCCCAGCCUGCACCCUCCUCCCAGAGGACCUCACUUCUCUUGCCUAGGGAGGGGGCACAGCUCAGCUGCCCCAGGCCCUAGCCUGUUUCACCCACGGCUUUGGCACCUGCUUCAUUUACGCAGCGCCCUGGGUGCCAGCCCCCGCACAUGGGCAAGGGGCAGGCAGGUCUCGUCCACCUUUGCCGGAACAUGAGCACUCAUCCCGUCUCUCCCUGCCUUGAUUUCCCACAACAUGCUACAUAUAUAUACACCCUCGCAGGAGGGAGAAAAAGACGCCCGGUGCCCGGCACGCAGAGAACAACAAAGAAGGAAAAGAGACGCCGGAGCCUGCUGACCGCUCGAGCCACCCGCCGCCCAGGAAGAGCCUGCGUGUUCCUUCUCAUCUCCACUGGGCCAGGGGCUCUUCUUUCUUGCUCCUGGAAGUCAGUGCGCUUCAAGCGUGCGGGGGAAGAGGCGGGGUGCUGCGCAGCUACCCCCAGAGCAGGGGGCACGUGCUGAGAGGAGCUGGCCUCCCCACUGGCGGCGGCGGCAGCACAGAGAAGGCCUAGGGGGCGGGUUCCCCAUGCACCCUGAAGCGGUAGAUGCAGGUGUACUCGGGGUGGCCCCAGUUAGUCAAGAUCCGCAGCUCCACCACCUGGUACGUGGCCAUUUUAGGGCCCUG